AUGACUACAGAAAAUAAAAAAAUUCCAAAAAGAAAAUACGAUGAUAAUGAAAAAUCAUAUGAAUCUGAUGAUACUUUAUCAGGUUCUGAAACUAUUAUAAGAAAAAAAAUAUUAAAUGAUUUACAAAAAGAACGUAUUCAAUAUGAAACUAAUAGAGAUAAUGCAGAUAGAGAACAACGUGAAAAAGAAAGUCUUCGUAAAGUUGAAGAAAAUAAUCGUCAAUUAGAACAACGUGAAAAAGAAAGCCUUCGUCAAGUCAAACAACAUGAAGAAAAUUUACAACAACGUGAAAUGGAAAGUAAAAGAUUUUAUAAUAGUAUAUCAGAAUUUUUUGUUCUUUCUUCUUUUAUAAUUCCUUUUAUAUGUUGUGUAUAA